CCAGUGACAUCUCUGUGCUAUGAUGAACUCUAAAUCCAGAUUGAAAAACCUCAAAUAAACUAUUAUUAUGUAAAAGAUCACACAACUGUUUUGCGACUGAUUUCUCAAUUAACACUGAUGUCCCUGUGCUUCCUGUCCUUCAGCUGUGGACAUGCGAACUCACUGAUCCUGCAGAGAAACUCAAACACUGAGAGUCUCCGUUCUCUUUAAAAACCUCCACCCCCUCACUGUUUUUAAUAUCAGCCUGUCAGUCUGCACUCAGGGAGAUUUAACUUCCUUUGUGUGUAGAAAGUUCUCAGGAGGAGGCGACCUUUCCUGGAGUCUGUGUGUAGAGAGUCAUGGCAACAGACGGCUGCAGGAGACAGAGACAUGCAGCUCUGCAUAAGAGAGCGCCCCCUGCAGGAGACACAAGAGAGCGCCUCCUGCAGGAGACACAAGAGAGCGCCUCCUGCAGGAGACACAAGAGAGCGUCCCCUGCAGGACAAAAAACAGAGCGCCUCCUGCAGGAGACACAUGAGAGCGCCCCUGCAGGAGAACCUUGAGCUCUGUUUUUUGUUGCUUCUCGGUGGCCAUUAAAGGAACUGCAGUUUCUGUUUUUGCGGCUUGGAGGUUGCUGCUUGAUUGAAACUUGUGGAGUUUGUAUAUAUAAAUGAUAAACACAAUAUAUAUAUAAAUAAUAAAUCUAAUAUAUAUAAAUAAUAUACCUAUAGUGUUGAUCACGUGUCGAUAAGGAGCUUUACCUCAAUAAAGACAAACGUUAAACUUCUGUGAUGGAAAGUUUCACCGCCACGUCUCCAGAUUUAUGAUCCUGAAUGUAUCACCAGCCACAGGAUAAUGGAUGUAUAAAGUAUAUAAGUACAUGUAUAUAUAUAUAUUUAUAUAUAUUGAUGUGUCUGUGUGUCUCCAGGUGAGCGUUGUUCGAGGUAAAGACGGUUUUGGAUUCACGAUCUGCUCCGACUGUCCGGUCAGAGUCCAGGCUGUUGACCCCGGCGGUCCGGCUCAUCAGUCUGGUCUCCGUCAGGGCGACUCGGUCCUGCAGCUCAAUGGACUUCCUGUAGAAACCUGGAAAUGUGUCGACCUCGCCCACGCCAUCAGGAGUUGUUCCUCUCAGAUCGUGCUGGUGGUCUGGAGAGGGUUACCUGAGCUCCGGUCAGGAUGUGAAGCUUUGCUCCGCCCACAAACUCACAACCAGACAACAGGCAGGAAGCUGCUGCCUCACCCCGCCCACAGUAAACAUGGCCGCCGCCGAAGUCAGGGGUCAGGAGUCCGGUCCAGCCUCGGGGCUCUGGGCUCGCUCUGGAGGGACAGGAAGGAGGAGCAGGAGGAGCAGGAGUACUCGUCGCGCACCGCCGCGCUGAAGGGUACCCACGUGACCGCAUCAUAUGGAGACAACUACAUCAUACUGUCACCUGUCAAUCCAGGAGGACAGCUGUUGCAGCCGGUUUACCAGGACGGAGCGAUCGCAGGCCGUCUGUACCAGACUCACCCCAGCAGAGGUCAGAACGUGCUCCACGACCCUCGACCCUCCUCCCCCCGCCCGUUCCCCGGCUGCACCUCCACGCUUCCCCCGCCCCCCCCCACCUCCUCUUCAUCUGCCGCGCCUGGUAACUACGGCAACUACCAGAACUGCACCAUCGUCCAAUCACAUCUGCCCUGCUCCGCGUACGGGACCUACGUCAGCCCGGCGCCCAAAACCCUGAUUUUCCCCGUCUUCGUGCAGCCUUUGGAUCUGUGCAGUCCUGACAGAACUCUGCUGAUGUCAGAGGAGAUGAUUCUCCACCAGGCCGACCUGCUGCCUGCAAAGGUGACUGUGUUGAUCUACAGCGACUUGCUGCUGUUCACAAGAGAGGAUGAAGUCGGUCGCUGCAACGUCCUGCAGAGUCCCCUGUACCUGAACACACUGCAGCUCAGAGAGGUGGCGUCUGCGCCCCUGCAGAUCUACUUCCUGUUGAGCUCUCGGGGCUGCUGGCGUUGUCUCUUCAGUCUCGAGUCUUUCAGCGUCGAGCAAAAGCUCAGAGUCCGUCUCUGUUUCCAUGACAACAUACAGCUGAAGCUGGUCACCACGGAGACGGGACACAGUCACCAGGUACGACACCAGCUCUCAGACCUCCCCUCAGAAUUCGGCCUCCUCUCUCUUGCUCAGUCUGACCUCCUCUAUCGCCCCUCCUCCCCCUACUCCUCCCUCUGUGACCCCCUCACACCCGCCUCCCCCUCUCUUUACCCCCCUAGUUCUCUUUUCUCCUCUCCCCCCCCCCACACCUCCUCCUCACCUCCCUCCAGGACCUUCCCCGCCACACCUCAACCCCUCCCACCCCCUCCCCCCUCCUGCUCUACCCAGAGGACUGCAGUCUGGAAGGAGAGAGGAGGAGCAGAGGAGGAGGAGGAGAGGAGGAAGGGAAGGAGGGAGACGAUGGAGGAGGGGGAGGAGCGGCAGCAGGGGGAGGGGGAGAGUGCCUCUGAAACAUCCGAGAGUAUGGGAGGCCCCCUCCACUUCAACAUAAAGAAAGAGGAGUGGGAGGAGGAGAGAGGAGGUGCUGAGGAGUUAACCUCCACCUACAGACCUGCAGUUCUGCGUCGCUCUCUCUCGGAGGGCUCUCUGCUGCAAGAACCUCGUUCGCCCAGAUUCCUGUCUGACAGCACCAUCCACCGACUCACCCGCGCCGCAACCUCCGACCUCGACCUCUGCAGAGAACCCGUCCCCCGCCCCCCCUCCGUCCACACCCUGAGGAAACAGCUGACCAGAGAGGGGGGGUCUCUGCACCAAAUGCUGCUGCUGCUCAACGGCACCAAGGAUGCCGAGUUCAGAAACCUUCACCUGAGAAAGAAGACUAAGAGUCUAGCCGUGGACGUUCGGAGCCGACUGCUGUUUCUACAGCGGCGGAAAAACAGUACCUGUGUCCAUGGCAACAGUUUGGAGAAAGCUCUGAGAAACAACAGACCGUCUACAACGGAGGUGCUGAGAUGGGCGGAGAGUCUGGAGGCUUUGCUGACCAACCAGUAUGGUCUGGCGGUGUUCCGUCACUUCCUGAGGUCAGAGUUCAGCGAGGAGAACUUGGACUUCUGGUUGGCUGUGGAGAGAUUCAAGAGGACACGCCCACUCAGCAAGAUGGCCGCCAGAGCUGUGAAAAUCUACGAUGAGUUCAUUUCUACCAACGCAGCAAGACAGGUCAACGUGGACUCAUCUGUCAGAGAAUCGACCAAUCAGAGCCUGCGUCUUGGCGUUAACCCCGCCCUUUUCCAGCUGGCCCAGGAUCAGAUUUUUGACCUGAUGGAGACGGACAGUUACCCACGAUUCAUCAGGUCCCGCCUUUACGCCCAGCUGGCCAAUCAAAACACACUGACAGCCACUGAGUCAUCCAAUCAGAGCGGAGCUGGGUUUUUACCUAUCGGCCAAUCAUGAGCGAGGAAGAGAAAGGGCCAACCAUCAUCAGAUUGGCUGUCCAUCAGCUCCGAGAGCUGAUCAAUGAAAAAAACUACCCCGUUGCAUUCUGGGAAAUGUACUAUCUAUAGUCAGGAUAUUUCCACCGUUAAGUUUUUAAUCUUUGAAUAACUUUAUAUUUCUAAAUAGACGCUUUAGUAUUAUUUAUCCUGUGUAGUUUGUUUGGGUUUUACUUUAGUCAUAUUUUAACCUUCAUUUAUUUGAACAUGAGAAUCUCCAGUAAACAUAAAUAAUCACUCAUUUUUCGAUGGAGACUAAAAUAUGUCAUCCUUCAUGUUCCCGACGAGUUUACGAUCAGAUAGUUUGUGAUGAAAUGUGCUUCAUGUUUCCUUCAGGAUGAAUUAUAAUCACUUUGGUUUAUAAAAAAGCAAGAAAGUUCUGCUGUCGAGCGCAGUUUGACCUUUUUUUUGCAGAAAUAAUGUUUUUAUUUGUUUAUAUAAUAACCUUAUUUUUCUUUUGUUCUUUCAUUAUUCUUUUGCAUAUUAAUUUAAAUAUGUAUUAAAUAUCUCCGGAGAAGCGAGACACCAUUAGCUUGGCAGCAGAGGGGAUUUGAGGAUUUCUUUGUCUUUUAUUUGUGCAGGUUUAACAGAAUAAUCCUUCAAUUUAUUUAUCUGAACACAACAUCAGAAACUGUUUGUUUUAUUCACACUUUAAACAUCAGCAUUAAAACUUUAAGAUCUUCUUCUUUAGUUUCAGCAGGAAAGUGAAAAGCAGCUGCUUCUUUAGUAAUGCAUUAUCUAAUCUAGUAAUGUAUAAUAUUAAUCUUAAAUCUAAAGUAAACACACUUUUUAUAAAUCUUGUAAAUCAUCAGCCAGUUUUUAUUUGUUUAUUUCUUUUAAUGAAGUGAUUGUGCAGAAAGAUUUUGGACAUGAUGUUAACUACGAGCAGCAGAUUGAAGUGACAGUAACUAAUGAUGUUAAUGUUAACGUGGAUCUAUAAACUGUUUAACACAAUAACGAUGUUUCGGCUUUAUGUGAAGCUUGAAUUACUGCUUAAUAUUUGUCUUUAAUAAUGUAAUUAUAAAGAAAUCCUGUAAUUCA